AUGUCUUUAGAAGACAUUGCCAAAUCUUUGGCUGACAAUUACCUUAAAUUUCAACAGGAAAUUCGGCAGCUGCAAAAGGACUCUCUCCAGUUAUCAAAGGACACCAAGGCUUAUCAACAAGAAACCAGGGCGAGCAUGGCCAACCUAGGCACACAGGGUUCGGGGAAGCUGCCUGCCCAACCAGACCAUGCCAAUUUGAUUGCCAUCACAUUCAGAAGUGGUAAGAAGCUCCCAUCACCAACGACCUCUUCAGACAGCCCACCUUUACCUGGUAAGUCCAACGAAGAAGCUAAGAAUAAUGAGGGUAAAUCUGAGGCAUACUCAUCUACCCCUAAGCAAAUUCCCAUGUAUGCUAAAUUCCUCAGAGAGCUGUGCACCGAAAAGAGGAUAGGUAAGGAUAAAGAAAGGGUUAUGGUAAGUAAGAAUAUAUCGGCUCUCCCAAAACAUAAUAUGCCUGGAAAAUGCCAAGAUCCAGGAAGGCCCUUCAUGAAAUCUGCCAAGACAAAAAUGGAUGUAGACAAGGGCUAUCUAUCUGUAGAAUUUAAUGGGGAAGUUGUUUCUUUUAACAUGUAUGAUGCCAUGAAGUUUCCUGAGGAAUAUCUAUCCUUGUUUUUGAUUGAGGCGCAUAAUUUUAUAGAUGAUAUUGUGUUGCAUGAUGGUGAUAAUAAUUCUGACGUGUUGAUUGCUCCAUUACAAGGGACCGAGCUGAAGGCUCUCCCUAGCCACUUGAAAUAUGUAUACUUGGGCGAAGAGAACACCCUUCCAGUCAUACUCUCUAGGGAGUUGACGCUUGCCCAAGAGGAAUCCCUAGUUGAGACCCCGAAGACUUACAAGGAGGCCAUUGGGUGGACUCUUGAUGAUCUCAAGGGAGUGAGCCCUUCCCUUUGCAUUUAUAGGAUAACUCUAGAGGAAGGAGCCAAGCCCACAGUCCAACCCCUCAUAAGGCUCAACCUCAACUUGAAAGACGUCAUUCUUAAGGAAAUUAUCAAGUUCAAUGAAGUCGAAAUUAUUUACCUAGUUCCUGAUAGAAAAUGGCUCAAUGAGGUAACCAAGAAGGACCACUUUCCUAUACCUUUUCUAGAUCAGAUGGUGGAACGACUCGCAGGAAAACCAUUCUUUUGUUUUCUUGUUGGGUUCUCUGGAUUCUACCAAAUCCCCAUCACACAAGAAGAUCAGAAAAAGACCAUAUUCACCUGCACUUAUGGGACCUAUGCCUUCAAGAGGAUGGCAUUUGGGCUUUGCAACACCCUAGAAAAGUGCAUAGAGAUGUUUAUGGACAAUUUGAUGGUUUAUAGAGAUUCUUUCAAGGAUUGUUUGCAUAAUCUUAGCUUAGUAUUAAAACGUUGCAUUGAGGCUAACCUGGUAUCGAAUUAUGAAAAAUUUCAUUUUAUGGCUUCUCAUGGGAUUGUUUUAGGACAUCUAGUUUCUGCAAGGGGGAUUGAGGUAAACAAAGUUAAGAUAAAUGUUAUUGUUAACCACCCCUACCAUAUAUGUGUUAAGGAGAUUCGUUCUUUUCUUGGUACCGCAGGUUUCUACAGGCGUUUCAACAAGGAUUUUUUGAAGUUGGCACUAGCGCUAUCAACAUUGCUACAGAAGGAUGUUUCAUUUAAUUUUGACAAGGAGUGUCAGGAGGACUUUGGCACUUUGAAAGAGAAGGUGACCACCACCCUAAUUCUGCAACCUCUAAGAUGUGAUGUACCAUUUGAGAUCAUGUGCGAUGCUAGUAAUCUAGCAGUGGGAGCGGUCCGAGGAUAA